CCCAAUAAAAAUAGACCUUAGGCUUAUUCUGUUUUUCUUAAGCAUUUGUGUUUGUGUAUUGUGCGACCCUUGGGGUUCAAUGAGGUGAAAUGAGAGGGUAUUAUUAUGGUAAAAGAAAAUGUGGGUUUGUAAACCUGGAAGGGCAAACACACACACAAAGGUACUCUUCCACCACAGUCGGGAUCUUUAUCAUCGAUCAUCUCUUUGCUUCUUCUUUUUUUUUUUGUUUCCCAAUCCGUUGUUACAGGAUGGCUACGACGGAGUCUAGUGCUGCUAAUUCGGCAUCGCAAAACCCUCGCUACUCCAUUGAUUACUCUAUCUUGCGAUUAUGUCUCGAUUCCUCUCCUUGGAUAGCUGAUGAUUCUGGUUCCGGCGCGAUUCAUGAUGAUCCGGCUCUUUCCCUUUCCCUGAACGAUCCCUUCUUCCAUACUUCUGACCACGACAAUGCUGAUAAGAAGCCUGUCUGGAACCAGCUCCGCGAGAUCGGCCUUGUGAUGCGCACCGAAUCCUGGCCUGCGUUCGUUGUCUCUAUCUCUUGUUUGAUUAACUCUAUAUACAUAUAUACUGCUAACACCAGGUAUCAGAAUCACGGCCAAAGGGGUGGCUCUUACGCUUCAGGAACUAGUCUCCAAAGAGUGCAUGACAGCAACGCUAACCCUCAUGGGGAUGGCCUUCACCAUGGAAACAGGCUCAACUUGGACCAAACCGGUUUUUCUCACCGUAACUUUAAUGGGAGAGACACCUUGCAACCGCAGAUGCUGAUGGGGCCACCUUCUUUUCCUGCCAGUAGUGCGCAAUAUAUGGCGGCGCCUCCUCAAAUAGGUUCAUACAUGCUCUAUCCAGAUUAUGCGCCGCACCUCUUUUUGCUACAUCCACGAUCCACCCAAGAGUCUAUGGCUUUGGUUGGACACUUCCCACCUCUACCCAUUUAUUCCCAGCUUGAUGCCAGGGUGUACAAUAAGAUAUUGACACAAGUAGAAUAUUGUUUCAGGUAUUCGGUUUCUAUCCCAUCUUUCUCUCGAGUUUUCUGGUUGUGUUCCCACCUUUCUGGCCCACCUUUAGAUUACAAGUGCGAAUAACAAUCUUUAUCCUUCGGUAAACUU